AUGAACUACAGUCAUGAAUUAUUUGAGCCCGAAAAUCAAGACAAGUAUUAUCAUCCAGAUGGACUUGUCUAUCACCAUUUACAACAAACGCUUCAAGUUCAAACAGACUUAAAAAGCCAACGUUUAUGCAAUGAUCCUUCUCAACUAUUAAACGAAUUUGAUCCAUUCUAUUAUACACCAUCCGAUCAAUUCUUCAAUACCCCUUUUUAUUUGGACAAUAAUACGCCUACAACAGUCUCUUCUUUAUCCAAUCAAAUAUUCUAUCCACUCCAUUCAUUUACAGAUUUUAGUCUACCUGAUUAUGUACCAGAACCUCAUUUAGAUAUGGAUUUUACUUGUUUUCCACCUUUUCAAGAAUAUCGGAGCAAUUCAACACCUAUGCUAUCGAAUUCGUUUUCUUUCUCUUCUAUAUCAACAGCUUCUUCUAUUCAUGAAGAAAAAAUCACAAAAUCUUCGAAAAAAAAGAAGAAAUAUGUGUCAGACAAUAACUUGUCUUAUUACCUAGCUCAGUCUGAUACAGAAGAUAAAAAGAUGACAAAAUCAUUAUCCAACACACUGCUUAAAAAAGGUCGCAAUGUAGAUAAAGCAUGUAACCACUGUAAGCGAUCUCAUUUACGAUGUGACAAUGUACGUCCUUGUCGUCGCUGUGUUGCUACAGGUAAAAUAGGCUGUCAAGAUGUAAAGCAUAAACCUCGGGGUCGACCUAGACUUCAAAAAAGAAUUUUAUAA